GCUGUAGUUUGUGCAGUGUGCAUUCGUGUGCGUGUAUACAUUUACACAAGUAAAAUAUUUGUGUGUGUGUAUAGUAUUGAAUGCGCGUGCGAGUGUGAGCGAGAAAAGAGAACACAGUCACAGACACUCUCGUACUCGCACACACACAUAUACAUAUACUCUACUGCCGCCGUCAAGAGAACUGUGAAGAGAAAAAAUGUCCGUGCGACGUCGUCGUUCAUGACCAGCAGCAGCUGCCUGUUCCUUUCUUUUGUCUCGACCCGACCGUGUGUGUGUGAGUGUGUGUGCACGCCCGCCGCCGCCGUCGUAGUCUUAAACAACGAUUAAUAAAAAUUAUAGUACAUAAAUAUAUACAUGUUAGUAAAAUUAUUAGAAUUAUUGAUACAUCGUCUUUGAAAGUCUCGUGUUGCGUUCGUUCUAUAUCGUCGUCUGUUCUAUAUUUAGUGUUAAUUUAAAAAUAUCAUUGUCAAUUAGUAGUCGCUGUGAAUAAAUUGUGUAAUUAUUGAAAAUUGUACGAAAAACGUCAAAAAAAAUGCCGAGCGCGUCGUUCAGCUCGACCCGUUCGUAUACUCGUCGAACCAGGAGAAAAGGUACUAAUCGUCUUCCAAUACCAUCCAGGACAUCAAAUUCAGGUGGUGUUGUUGAUGCAGGAGUUACUUGUGAACCACUCGUAGCUGCAAGUGGUAGUUAUGCUACACCAGGGGGGGCUAGUACGAGUUCUAGUUUUCAGCAUGUACCACCCUAUGAUUUAAGGGGUCGAAAAUCUCCUCUUCAUUUACAUGAUGCUAGUACUGCUGGAUGUAGCGCAACAGCUCCUGUUCAUCCAACUGCUACUCGGCCUACAUCACCAACAGCUUCAGCUACUGCAUCAGUAUUGCAAUCUGCUGCUACACCUCCUUUAUCACAACCAGCACGUAAACGACUCAGAAGAAAUACUUCCUGUACAAUAACUAGUGCUGAUAAUUCAAAUUCAGCUGCUCAUUACUUACAAUGUGAAUUGCCUGAUGAAGUCAUGUUGACAAUUUUCAGUUAUUUAUAUGAACAAGAUCUUUGUAGAAUAGCUCAAGUUUGCAAAAGAUUUCAAGCUAUAGCAAAUGAUAAUAAUUUAUGGAAACGAUUAUAUCAAAGUGUAUUUGAGUAUGAUACUCCAUUGUUCAAUACUGAAAGUUGUCGUUUUGACUUUAUUCCUUUUGAAGAAAGUGAGCAUCACAAUCCUUGGAAAGAAAGUUUUAGACACCUAAAAAAACGGUGCUUGCAUGUAAGACCUCAUUAUAAUGGUACAGCUAAAGAUCCAGUGAGACGAAUGCCACAUUUUGACACUAUUCAAGCUGCUCUAGAUUAUGCAGAUGAACAUUUAAAUGGAGGUGCAAAACUUUUCUUACACCCUGGUACUUACCGAGGUGAAUUUCUAGUGAUUGAUUCAGAUGUAGCACUUAUUGGAGCUGCUCCUGGUGUUGUAGCAGAUGCAGUCAUCCUAGAACGUGAAACAGAAUCAACAGUAAUGUUUGUCGAAGGGGCUAAAAGUGCUUAUCUGGGACAUGUCACACUAAAAUUUACUCCAAAUGUUACAUCUACUGUUCCACAUCAUAAACAUUUUUGUUUAGAAGUUGGUGAAAAUUGUUCGCCUACUAUUGAUCAUUGUAUUAUACGUAGCUCAUCAGUUGUUGGAGCUGCUGUGUGUGUUAGUGGAGCUGGGGCAAAUCCUAGAAUUCAUCAUUGUGAUGUAAGCGACUGUGAAAAUGUUGGUAUAUAUGUAACAGACCACGCUCAAGGAACAUUUGAAGAUAAUGAAAUUUGUCGAAAUGCUUUGGCUGGAGUUUGGGUUAAAAACCAUGCCAACCCUGUCAUGCGUCGUAAUCACAUACAUCACGGAAGAGAUGUGGGGAUUUUCACUUUUGACAAUGGAUUGGGAUUUUUUGAAGCCAAUGAUAUUCAUAACAAUCGUAUUGCUGGUUUUGAAGUUAAAGCUGGAGCUAACCCAUCUGUUGUUCAAUGUGAAAUUCAUCAUGGUCAAACAGGAGGUAUUUAUGUACAUGAAAAUGGACUUGGUCAAUUUAUUGAUAACCGCAUUCAUAGCAAUAAUUUUGCUGGAGUUUGGAUUACUUCAAAUAGUAAUCCUACUAUACGUCGCAAUGAUAUUUACAAUGGCCAUCAAGGAGGUGUUUAUAUUUUUGGUGAAGGUCGAGGACUUAUCGAACAUAAUAAUAUUUAUGGAAACGCAUUAGCUGGUAUUCAAAUACGUACAAAUAGUGAUCCAAUUGUCAGACAUAAUAAAAUUCAUCAUGGUCAACAUGGUGGAAUUUAUGUACAUGAGAAAGGGGCAGGGCUAGUUGAAGAGAAUGAAGUAUAUGCAAAUACAUUAGCUGGUGUGUGGAUUACUACUGGUAGUACACCAGUACUAAGACGCAAUCGAAUUCAUUCAGGGAAACAAGUUGGCGUGUAUUUCUAUGAUAAUGGUCAUGGAAAACUAGAAGACAAUGACAUUUUUAACCAUCUAUACUCAGGAGUUCAAAUAAGGACGGGAAGUAAUCCAAUUAUUAAAGGAAAUAAAAUAUGGGGAGGCCAGAAUGGUGGUGUUUUGGUUUAUAAUGGAGGUCUUGGAGUAUUAGAACAAAAUGAAAUAUUUGACAAUGCAAUGGCUGGUGUUUGGAUUAAAACUGACUCCAAUCCAACAUUGAAACGAAAUAAAAUAUAUGAUGGUCGAGAUGGUGGAAUUUGCAUUUUUAAUGGCGGAAAAGGCAAUUUAGAAGAAAAUGAAAUCUUUAGAAAUGCUCAAGCUGGAGUUUUGAUAUCUACCCAAAGUCAUCCCAUUCUAAGGCGUAAUAGAAUAUUUGAUGGAUUAGCAGCAGGUGUUGAAAUCACAAAUAAUGCUACAGCUACCUUAGAUAGUAAUCAAAUAUUUAAUAAUAGAUUUGGUGGUCUCUGCUUGGCUAGUGGUGUGCAACCUAUUGUAAGAAGUAAUAAGAUUUAUAGUAAUCAAGAUGCCGUUGAAAAGGCAGUCUGUAAUGGUCAAUGUUUGUAUAAAAUUUCGUCUUAUACAUCUUUUCCAAUGCAUGAUUUUUAUCGUUGUCAAACGUGCAACACGACUGAUAGAAAUGCAAUUUGUGUAAAUUGUAUAAAAACGUGUCAUGCUGGACAUGAUGUUGAAUUUAUCAGACAUGACAGAUUCUUUUGUGAUUGUGGAGCUGGUACCUUAAAUAACCAAUGCCAAUUACAAGGUGAACCAACUCAAGACACAGAUACACUGUAUGAUUCAGCUGCUCCUAUUGAAUCACAUACUCUAAUGGUAAAUUAAAUUAAAUAAUAAUAAUGUUGAAUCUCCACUAUAGUAUUCAUAAAUAUGAAAAUUUUAUGUGUAUCAUAUAAGUAUUAAAGAAAUUGUACAUCUCAUCCUACAUAUAAUGUUGAUGUUGUUAUAGUUAUUAUAUUAUGAUCUGGGACGAUUUACUUAAUGUUAAGUAUUUAAAUUCUUCAUUCCUUUUGUUUUUCUACUUAACAUUCAAAUUUUAUGUGCAUACUAAUUAUACCUUAAUACUAAACUAAACAUUUGAAUAGUUGGUAUAAUUUUUGACUGCAAAAGAUUGUGAUUUAAAAAAUUAAUCAUAUUAUUUAAUAUGGAAGUCAUUCCAAGUUUCUAAGUACUACUGACUGCUCCCAUUUAUACUUGUAUUUUACUAUUAGUAACUAUUUCCCACAAAUUUAUUUUGCAUUGACAGUACUUUUGUUAUUGCAUAUCAGUUAAACAUAUAAUGUAAAUUACCA